AUGGUCGCGGAUCAAGCACCCCGAAAUGGGCGAGUGCCGCGCGACCGCUCACGACUCGUAUGCCAUCGUUGUCACACUCGUAAAGUCAAGUGCGACUUGAUCUUGCGACUCCAGAAGGGUGGCAUGUGCACGAAUUGUGAAAAACGCGCCGAGCCCUGUCAACGGAGGGAACAUAAAAGGACACAGAGCGAAUACAUCCCGCCAUCACAAGCCCCCACACAAGCAGGUCUAUCACCGCAGUGUAGUCUCGGGACGACACCGCCAGAUCCUUCGUUCAGUGACCAGACCGCCGGGCCAGGGGCCGCUAGGCACAGUCUGCAUACGAAUCUGUCGGCAAAUGGAACGUCUGCCGCAUCAGACAACCUGGGAUAUAUCGGAGAAUUCUCGGUCUUGUCAAAUCAUGGACCGCUGCCUUCCGAGGCCUCGACCGUUGUCGGGUCUUUUGCUAGGUCACUCGAGGAACAAAUAUUGGUUGCCACGGGAGCAGACCAGUUACCAACCCAAUCAAAGAUCGUCGCCCUCACUGCAACCUAUUUCAAGUAUCUUUACCACAGAAUUCCGGUUGUGAAUCACCAGGACGUCGUCCCUACAUGUCCAUCUACCCUUCUUCAGCAAUCCCUGUGCCUGGCGGGAUCCAUUCUCCGUCAUCCAAAGUCAACCAAGAGCCUUGUGGAGAGCGAACAAUUCUACUCGAGAGCAAAAGCACUUUUCUUCAUAAACCACGAACGCGACCCGAUCACCAUACUGAAGGCGUUGUGUCUACUCACGUUGUGGAAUGUCACUCCUCCUGCCGUGGUAACGAUCGACAACGGCUGGAAUUGGCUGGGUCUUGCCAUCCGUUUCGCCUUUCAAAUUGGACUUCAUCGGGAAUCAACGUACUCGCAAAGGUCUGCCCCUGGUUGUGCUCGCAGAAUAGCGUGGUUUCUCUAUGCGCAAGACAAAUUGCAUGCGUUCUGCUUUGGUCGACCCCAAAUGAUCAAGUCGCAAGACUUUGAUUUACACCCACCGCGGGUUACAGACUUUGAACACCCUGAAAAUGGCCAAGCUCGUUUGUUCGUUCUCUAUGCAAACCUGACUACCAUUUUGGAGAAGAUGUUGCCCCUUCAGCAUCGAGAACUUUCGAACAGUUCAGAAGAAGCUCUAUCUGUUCUCUCGGACUUGAAGAAUUGGGUUGCAAAUAUCCCACCGGAUAUUCGACUAUUUGACGAUCAAGGCAACAGGGUCUACGAACGUGGUUUCUACGAGAUCCUUACUUGGUACUUCACUUGUAUUAUCACAUUUUUUCAUGUUCACGGCCGACUUUUUCAUCCUUCAGCCACAUCCACAAUAACCUUGGUGGCGUCGUCAUGCAUCAUCCGCCUCUAUCAAGAGAUGGACUACCGAGACGACAUUAAUUACCUCAUGUCAAUUAAUAAUUGGUCCAUGAUGGUAGCUUCGCUUCCACAGCUCAGUAGCCUCCGCAACGAAAGCCUCGGCAUUAAUCCCGGGGACAAAGAUUGGCGUCCCGAUUCACAAUCAUUGGAGGAACUAGAUAUUCUUCUGGAGAUCCUCACUCAAAGAAUAUUGAAGUUCCCCGGUGCAAAGGCAAUAGUCGAAAGAAUUCUGCGCUGUAAAGCCGAGAUAUUAUCACAUGGUCGCUCAAUAAAUCCAGUACCGGGGCUUGAAGACCCAGGCAGAGCUUCGUGGGACCCAACUUGGAGAGCAUACAUUACUGUGCCGAGAGUAUACGAAUUAUUUCCCUUCAAGAAGGAAUUGAGUCCGAGGAUGGAGCUGCUGUCCAACACGGAAACGGAUGACUUUGCAAACCGACUCUUUGAAAAUUGCACGGACUGGUCAAUAGAGAACCUUCUGAGUCUAGAUAGUUUGAACUCAUUUGUCUGA